AAUGCAUUUGACUGAGCCCAAGUCAUUUCAACUUAAAAUACGGGAAAAUUGGGAACCAAAGUCUAUGUUUUUCCAUGAAGGAUCGGUCAGUCUUAACUCAAAACUCAUAUGCCACCAUUGUUUUUGGAAAUGAAUCAAAUAGAAAUGGAUCCAAAGGAUCAGAAGGAUAACCCCAAUGGUGGCGAAAACGGCCAGGUGAAUGGAACAGCCGUGUCGGAUGAUCAAGAUGGAGGAGAAUUCUGUGAUGUCGAGAUGGAGAAAAGCAGGGAAGAUUGUAAUUCGAAUGACAAAAACCAGGACUCCAAUGGUAAGGGGGUUGAUCCUCAAACCAAUGGUAAUGGCCAUAAUCAUCACAUGCCAGCCAUCAAGGCUCAAGUUCAACUCCCAAAAGCCGAGCCACCACAGCCAAAAGUGGAACGUUCACAAUCCUUGUCCUUGGCCGAAACCAUGCCUUCCAUAGGGAAAUAUAUAAGAGACCGAAGCAGCAGUUUCUCAGCAGCAAUCAUCAAACGCUUAUCAUCUUUAAAAGAAGACAACGGGGAUUUCAUCGUGAAAAACGAUUCACUAAACUUCGAAGUAACGGAGUUCAAAAUCCCUGGGGUCAAAGUCAUUGUAAAGCUGAAAAGCGAAGACGAAAGAGAAGAGUUAAGAGGUCAGAUAACGUUCUUCACUAGGUCAAACUGUCGUGACUGCACAGCUGUUCGUAAGUUUUUCAGAGACAAAGGGCUUCGAUACGUUGAAAUAAACAUCGACGUAUUCCCCAAAAGGGCCAAGGAGUUGAUCGAAAGAACAGGGAGUUCCGAAGUGCCCCAGAUAUUUUUUAACGAGAAGUUGAUCGGUGCGUUGGUGACGUUGAAUUCACUGAGAAAUAGCGGGGAGUUGGAUAAGAGAAUGAAGGAAUUGUUGGGUGAGAAAUGUCCUGAGGGAGUGCCUGCAAUACCAGUUUAUGGAUUUGAUGAUGAGGAAGAAGAAGAAGAUGAGUUGGUUGGGAUUGUGAAGUUUCUGAGACAGAGCUUGCCUAUUCAGGACCGUUUGAUUAAGAUGAAGGUUGUCAAGAAUUGCUUUGCUGGUGUUGAUAUGGUGGAAGCCAUCAUUAACCACCUUGACUGUGGACGAAGAAAGGGCAUUGAAACUGCAAAGCGGAUGGCCCAGAAGCACUUCAUCCACCAUGUCUUUGGGGAAAAUGAUUUUGAAGUAGGAAACCAUUUUUAUCGUUUCCUUGAGCAUGAGCCCUUUAUCAUCGGAUGCUUCAACUUUCGAACUUCAACAAAUGAUAGUGAACCCAAAUCCGCAUCUUUUCUCGCCGAUCAGCUUUCCAGGUUAAUGUCUGCCAUACUGGAAGCAUAUGCUUCUGAUGACAGGCUCCAUGUUAAUUAUUAUAUCAUCAUCAAAAGUGAAGAAUUCCGCAGGUACUUAAAUUUGGCUCGAGAUCUGCAAAGGAUCAAUCUCAAAGUACUGACUCCAGAUGAGAGGCUAGCCUUCUUCUUAAACUUAUACAAUGCCAUGGUCAUCCAUGCUGUAAUCAGCAUCGGACAUCCUGAAGGAAUACUUGAUAAGAGAGCUUUUUUCUGUGAUUUCCACUAUGUAGUUGGAGGGUACCCUUACUCCCUCGGCAUUAUAGAAAAUGGGAUCCUCAGAAACAAUCAAAAGUCUCCUUAUUCCUUAAUCAGGCCCCUUAGCAAUGGAGACAGGCGCUUAGAGCUCGCUCCUACUAAAGUUAAUCCACUUAUCCAUUUUGGACUAUGCAAUGGGACAAGGUCAAGCCCAACAGUGAGGUUUUUCACAGCUCAGGGUGUUGAAAGUGAGCUAAAAUGUGCUGCCAGGGAAUAUUUCCAGAGUGGAGGAAUUGAGAUCAAUUUGGACAAAAGAACAGUUUAUCUAACUCGGAUCAUCAAGUGGUUUAGCGUAGACUUUGGACAAGGGAAGGAUGUCCUCAAAUGGGUCAUGAAUUACCUGGAUCCAACCAGAGCAGGGCUUUUGACACACCUUCUGGCUGAUGAAGGCCCUAUUAAGAUUGUGUACCAAAAUUAUGACUGGUCUGGUAAUUUGUGAUCGCCCCACUUUUCAGACCCUAAACCCCAUUUCAGAUGGAAAAUUUGGGAUGAAAUCAUUCAAGCAAAAGAGUUUGAUUCAUAUUGAUACAAACAAUACAGGCAACUGCAUUGGCAGGAAGAUGUUUUUGUAUAUAACACCUCAAUUUCAAAGGUUCAAUGAGGGUUUAGUCUCCAGCCUUCAGCAAAGCUAUCAAACAUAGGAAUUACUUAUAUAUACACAUUAUAAAAAUUUUGUUGUUUUGGGUGAAUUCCAACAAUCAUUAAAGUUGAUUUUUGUUGGAAGAAAAUAGCAGAGUUUCUAGCAUGUUUAAACUCUGUUAUCCUUUUGUUUUUUUUUUUUCCCCUAUUGUUGUAUAUGUAAACAUUUGAAAGGUAAAAUCAUUAAAAUAAAGGAAUAUGAUCAGUCAACCAUUAUUAUCAGUUUAUCAUGAACAUAGGCUUCAUCAUCAAAUUGCCUAAA